GAGGCUCUGAGGCUCUGUUGAGAAUCAUGCUUUGGAGGCAGCUCGUCUAUUGGCAACUGCUGGCUUUGUUUUUCCUCCCUUUUUGCCUGUGUCAAGAUGAAUACAUGGAGGUGAGCGGAAGAACUAAUAAAGUGGUGGCAAGAAUAGUGCAAAGCCACCAGCAGACUGGCCGUAGCGGCUCCAGGAGGGAGAAAGUGAGAGAGCGGAGCCAUCCUAAAACUGGGACUGUGGAUAAUAACACUUCUACAGACCUAAAAUCCCUGAGACCAGAUGAGCUACCGCACCCCGAGGUAGAUGACCUAGCCCAGAUCACCACAUUCUGGGGCCAGUCUCCACAAACUGGAGGACUACCCCCAGACUGCAGUAAGUGUUGUCAUGGAGACUACAGCUUUCGAGGCUACCAAGGCCCCCCUGGGCCACCCGGCCCUCCUGGCAUUCCAGGAAACCAUGGAAACAAUGGCAACAAUGGAGCCACUGGUCAUGAAGGAGCCAAAGGUGAGAAGGGCGACAAAGGUGACCUGGGGCCUCGAGGGGAGCGGGGGCAGCAUGGCCCCAAAGGAGAGAAGGGCUACCCGGGGAUUCCACCAGAACUUCAGAUUGCAUUCAUGGCUUCUCUGGCAACCCACUUCAGCAAUCAGAACAGUGGGAUUAUCUUCAGCAGUGUUGAGACCAACAUUGGAAACUUCUUUGAUGUCAUGACUGGUAGAUUUGGGGCCCCAGUAUCAGGUGUGUAUUUCUUCACCUUCAGCAUGAUGAAGCAUGAGGAUGUUGAGGAAGUGUAUGUGUACCUUAUGCACAAUGGCAAUACAGUCUUCAGCAUGUACAGCUAUGAAAUGAAGGGCAAAUCAGAUACAUCCAGCAAUCAUGCUGUGCUGAAGCUAGCCAAAGGGGAUGAGGUUUGGCUGCGAAUGGGCAAUGGCGCUCUCCAUGGGGACCACCAACGCUUCUCCACCUUUGCAGGAUUCCUGCUCUUUGAAACUAAGUAAAUAUAUGACUAGAAUAGCUCCACUUUGGGGAAGACUUGUAGCUGAGCUGAUUUGUUAAGAUCUGAGGAACAUUAAAGUUGAGGGUUUUACAUUGUUGUAUUCAAAAAAUUAUUGGUUACAAUGUUAUUCACGCUACAGGUACACCAAUAAUGUUGGACAACUCAGGGGCUCAGAAGAAUCAACCACAAAAUAGUCUUCUCAGAUGACCUUGACUAAUAUACUCAGCAUCUUUAUCACUCUUUCCUUGGCACCUAAAAGAUAAUUCUCAUCUGACGCAGGUUGGAAAUAUUUUUUUCUAUCACAGAAGUCAUUUGCAAAGAAUUUUGACUGCUCUGCUUUUAAUUUAAUACCAGUUUUCAGGAACCCCUGAAGUUUUAAGUUCAUUAUUCUAUAUAACAUUUGAGAGAAUCGGAUGCAGUGACAUGACAGGGCUGGGGCAAGAACAGGGGCACUAACUGCCUUAUUAGCUAAUUUAGUGCCCUCCGGGUUCAGCUUAGCCUUUGACCCUUUACUUUUGAUCCACAAAAUAUGUUAAAACUCUGAAUUCACAUACAAUGCUAUUUUAAAGUCAAUAGAUUUUAGCUAUAAAGUGCUUGAGCAGUAAUGUGGUUGUAAUUUUGUGUGUGUUCCCCCACAUCACCCCCAACUUCGGAUGUGGGGUCAGGAGGUUGAGGUUCACUAUUAACAAAUGUCAUAAAUAUUUCAUAGAGGUACAGUGCCAAUAGAUAUUCAAAUGUUGCAUGUUGACCAGAGGGAUUUUAUAACUAAAGAACAUACACUACUGAUAAAUACCUUAGAGAAAAACUUUGACCUGGCUUUAGAUAAAACUGUGGCAAGAAAAAUGUAAUGAGCAAUAUAUGGAAA